AUGACGGCACCAUCAGUCUCGACGAUCGUCGGUGCAUUGUUGAAAUUCGCUCAGGCAGCGGACUCGUCAAAGGUCUUCUACACAACUGCAUCAAAGGCAGGCAAAUCCGAAGUAUCAGAUGUGGAAGGAUCAAUUCAACUGUUGAACAACCAAGAUCCAUUCAGUGAGAUCACACAACAGCUGACUAAGAACUCUUUAACGACAGUAUUCACCGAUGAAUCAACCCUACUGAAGGGGUUACCACACUUGUAUUCAUUGAGCGGAUUCCCAGUAGUGAUCAAUGCGGACUUGAGACUUCAAGAGUACUCUGUUAUUACGUCAUUUAAGGACCUCUCUCUUCCAAUCUUAGUCUCCAGUGAUCAAGAAACUGCAAUCAAGAACGCGGAUUUGGCCAAUGAAAUCUCCACUCAAAGUUUGGAACCUGUCUUACAUUUUAUCAACUACAGUAAGAUCACAAACAAAAUCGGUGUUGAGGUACCAGCAACUACUUUGGCUGAUCAACCAAGGGACCUGUCAACGAUACCAUUCGUUAAUUUCACCACUCUUGGGGGUGAGUUCAACUCUCCAUCCGUACUGGUGGUCAACUUUUCGGCCUAUGGUCAGGACUUCGCCAAGAACUUACCAUCAAAUGCUUCUUUGUUGGAUAUCAGAACUUACAGACCAUGGAACUUUGAUCAAUUUGUGGAAUUAAUCCCAACAACAAUCAAGAAAAUUGCCAUUGUACAAGGUUCUAACCAAAAGUCAGAUACUAAUGGGUUCGAACCUCUUCUAUUAGAUUUUUUCACAGAUUUCAACAAGAUUGUGGAAAGAAAUAUUGAUUCGAUAGUUAUCACCAACGUUGGUGCACUAACGGAUGUGAAGAGCUCUUUGAAAGAAAUCGUCUCAAAUGUGGAGUUAGAAAAGCCAGAUCUUGCAUUGUUUUUGGGAGAAGCCACAAUUGAUGAUGAAAAGGCUGCUAUCGAGUUGAGCUCUUCGAUUAAGAGUGCUCUAAGUCUUGAAAAUGCUUACUUGAAAGUUUUGAAGCAACUCUUUUCCAGUAACUUGCAAAUUUUGAACGAAUAUCAAAGCUCUACAGUUCUAAGCAACAGUCCAGAAUACGGAUAUGGUCGUUACUUAAAGGAAGAUCAAAGACGCCAGGAAUUGCUUGCGCUUGCAAAAAAUUCACUCGAUCCCUCACUAUACCACACCGUCGAUGGAUCGAAGUUUGUGCAACUUUUGUCCAAAUGGAUUUCACUUCACGAUCAGAACCUGGACGAAGCAUCUCUAAAAGAAGCCAACGAGACUGCUUACCAAAUCUUCGAUAUUUUGGAGAAUAACCAGGACUCUAAAACCGCUUUGGAGUUUUUAAAAAUUGCACCCUCUACUGAGGAUUAUAACUUCAAAUCUCGUUGGUUGAUUGGGUCGGAUGCGUGGUCUUAUGAUCUUGGUAACUCAGGUGUCCAUCAAGUGCUAUUCUCAAAGAAGAAUUUGAACGUCCUCUUAAUUGACUCAGAACCAUAUGAGCAGACCAAGAAUUCCCAACAAAGAAAGAAGGAUGUGGGGCUAUAUGCUAUGAGCGCUGGUAACGUUUACGUUGCCUCUGUUGCAGUUUACGCUUCUUACACUCAACUGUUGACUGCUAUCAUCGAAGCUUCAAAGUUCAAUGGUCCCUCAAUUGUAUUGGCUUAUUUGCCUUACAACACUGAAGACGAUACUCCAAUUGAAGUCUUGAAAGAGACUAAAAACGCGGUUGAGUCUGGUUACUGGCCGCUGUAUAGAUAUGAUCCAAGCAACUCCAAUGAAGAUGAAGUUUUCAAAUUAGAUUCCUCAGUUAUCAAGAAAGAAUUGCAAAGCUUCUUAGACCGUGAGAACAAGUUAACUUUACUUUCAAAGAGAAACCCGGAAUUAGCAAGAAAUUUGGAGCAAUCCGCUAGCGAUUCGAUAACUGCUAAGCAAGAAAAAAGAGCCAAAGCGGCAUAUGAUCAACUGCUUGAAGGAUUAUCUGGUCCACCUCUACAUAUCUAUUUUGCGUCUGACGGUGGUAAUGCGGCAUCUGUUGCUAAGAGAUUAGGAACUAGAGCAUCUGCAAGAGGUCUGAAAUCUACCGUUUUAUCUAUGGAUGAUAUUAUACUUGAGGAAUUGCCAGGUGAAGAGAAUGUCAUUUUCGUCACCUCUACAGCUGGUCAAGGUGAAUUCCCACAAGACGGUAAGGCAUUUUGGGAUGGCAUUAAAGCUAACACCGACCUGGAUUUAGCCUCUUUGAACUUUAGUGUUUUCGGUCUAGGUGACUCACUAUACUGGCCUCGUAAGGAAGACAAACAUUUCUACAAUAGACCUGCACAGCAACUUUACAAACGCCUCGAGCUUUUAACUGCAAAUCCAAUUGUUCCUUUGGGCCUAGGUGAUGAUCAGGAUGCAGAUGGCUUCCAAACUGGUUACGGUCCAUGGGAGAGUGAAUUAUGGAAGUCUCUUGGUGUUGACAAUGCUACUGUCCCAGAUGAGCCUAAACCUUGGAAUAACGAAGAUAUGAAACUUGCUUCGGAUUACUUGAGAGGUACAAUUGUGGAAGGUUUAGCAGAUGAGUCAACUGGUGCCAUUCAUGCGUAUGAUCAGCAAUUGACCAAGUUUCACGGUAUCUACAUGCAAGAUGAUCGUGAUAUUCGUGAGACCCGUAAGUCUCAAGGAAUGGAACCAUAUUACAUUUUCAUGGCUAGAGUCAGAUUGCCGGGGGGUAUUUCCACACCCGAGCAGUGGCUAGUUCUGGACCGCUUGGCCGAUGAGACUGGUAACGGUACUUUGAAAUUGACCACAAGAGCAACUUUCCAAUUACAUGGUGUUGUCAAGAGAAACUUGAAACAUACAAUCAGAGCUAUGAACUCGACGUUGAUGGAUACCUUAGCCGCAUGCGGUGAUGUCAACAGAAAUGUGAUGGUGUCUGCUUUGCCUGGUAACGCCAAAGUACAUGGUCAAGUGGCUGCUGUGGGUGCGGAAAUUUCUGAAUACUUCCUACCUAAGACAACUGCUUAUCACGAAAUUUGGUUGAGUGGCCCCGAAGAGCGUGACUACGACAGCAACUGGCCAUCAAUCUUUGAAAAUAGAAAGGAGGGUCCAACCAAGAAGAAGACUUUAGUUAGUGGUAACGCACUUGUCGAUAUUGAGCCAUUGUACAGCAAGAUUUAUUUGCCAAGAAAGUUCAAAGUCAAUAUCACCGUCCCACCAUAUAACGACGUUGACGUCUGGUCGAGUGAUAUCGGUCUAAUUGCUAUCGUUGAUGAGAAAUCUCAAGAGUUGCAAGGUUUCAACUUUUAUGUCGGUGGUGGUAUGGGUACAACUCACAACAAUAAGAAAACCUAUCCCAGAACUGGUUCUUCCUUUGGUUUCGUUUCGACAGAAGAGGUCAUCCCAGCCAUUGAAGCUGUCAUGAUCAUUCAAAGAGAUAACGGUGACCGUGAGAACCGUAAGCACGCACGUUUAAAGUAUACAAUUGAUGACAUGGGAACUGAUGUUUUCAAACAGAAAGUUGAAGAGAUUGUGGGUUGGAAGUUUGCACCCGAAAAAUCUUAUCAAAUUGACUCGAAUCAAGACUUCUUUGGAUGGGUUAAAGACGAGACUGGUUUGAACCACUUCACUUGUUUCAUUGAAAAUGGUAGAGUGGAGGACAGGCUCGACUUGCCUCAGAAGACUGGUUUCAAAAAGAUUGCCCAACUAAUGCAGAAAAACAAAUCUGGGCAUUUCAGACUAACAGGUAAUCAGCAUGCGUUGAUUUGUGGCAUUAAAGAUGAGCACCUCGAUGAGAUCAAGCAGCUAAUGAAGAAGUACAAACUAGACAACACUGAUUUCAGUGCUUUAAGGUUAAGUUCGGCUUCUUGUGUCGGUUUGCCAACCUGUGGUCUGGCAAUGGCUGAAUCUGAACGUUAUCUACCAGAAUUGAUCACCAAAUUAGAAAACAUCCUGGAAGAAUAUGGCCUGCGCCACGAUGCCGUUGUCAUGAGAAUGACAGGUUGUCCAAACGGUUGUGCACGUCCAUGGUUAGCUGAAGUAGCUCUUGUUGGUAAAGCUCCUGACACUUAUAAUAUGAUGCUGGGUGGUGGUUUCCAUGGAGAGAGACUAAACAAAUUGUACAGAGCCUCCAUUAAGGAGGAGGAAAUCUUAAAGAUCCUAAGAACACUCUUCAAGAGAUGGUCUUUAGAGAGACUCGAUGAUGAACAUUUUGGUGAUUUCCUGAUUAGAGUCGGAGUCAUCAAGCCAACUUUGGAAGGUAAAUAUUUCCAUGACGACAUUGCUGAAGAUGCAUUAUAG